AUGUUAGAUUUCAUAAGUAAAGUUAAUUCUAAAAAUGUAAAUAAUAAUUUACAAUUUUUGAUAGGGAAAAUGAAAAGGUUUGCUAUAAAGAAUGCAUUCCUUGCAAUAGCAUUGGAAAUAAGGAUAUUAACUCGAAACAAAUAUGCAAAUGAUAGGUUCACAGCUAAUUCGGAACCUGUUAAUGAAACAUGUACGAAUAUCAUUGUUAAUAGAAUGACUAAUAUUGUAGGCGAAAAUACAAUAUUCAUAGUAUUUAAUUUUUUUCAACUUUGGUUCAGUUAUAAUGCGAUAUAUUAUCAAAACGUUAUUCAAUUAUUAACUUUAGCAGGAAUAAAUUAUUUUGUUGGAUUUUUUGCCAUCGUACAAAUUAUCGAAAUAAAUAAAUGGAAAGCAAAUGCAGAAGAAUGUAAACCAGCCUAUAUAUUUCAAAACCAAUUUGAACAGUACGAAAUUCCAUUAAUAACAAUAUCAUUACUGAGUGCAACUACGAUGGCUUAUUUCACUUGGAAAUUAUACCAACAAUUUGGUUGGAAUAUUUAUAAAAAAAUUGGCGCAGAUUUGAGAAUGCAAAGCAUUUAUAAAACGAUGCUUAUUUUCGUAAUGUUGUUGAAACUUGAUGUCUUUUUCAUGAUUGUGUUGGCAAUUCAAGCAUGCACUGCAUUCUCAUACAAAGCCGUUAAUGAUCCAAAAUAUCUUGAUCCUCCUGUUCUGUAUUGGUUACAUGUUUUCGUGACAAUUCUUAUAGUCUUCUUACAAAUAUUGGCGUUCCGUUCAGUAAUGAAUGCUGAAUUACCGCAACACGACACAAAUCAAUCACCAAGAAUAUCAACGACUCAAACGUUUGAUUCAGUCCAGAUUCCUCCAAUAUCAAACCAUAGCAACAAUAAUGUUCAGGCGACUUCUCCAACUAGAUGGGCAAUUGAUGACGAUUAG